AUGGAUUACAACCGAGACGGCAACGUCGUCCAAAUCAUCACCGGCGGUGGCGGUGCUGACAGCUGGUCGAGUGACCAAGCAGAUUGGGCGACGGAAGACGAGUAUCGCUACUGGAACGGAAACGAAGCCGGCGAAACCACUCCAUCCUCAAACUCCAAUUGCGAGCGACAACAGCGUUCGGGGAGCGAGCCGCCGAACAAGAAAUCGAGAAGCAGUUCGCAAGACGGAGGAAAUGGCGGUGGAUCCAAUCGAGCGAAAGCGAUAGGGAAGAUGUUCUUCAAGACGAAACUGUGCUGCAAGUUUCGCGUGGGGACUUGUCCUUACAUAACGAAUUGUAACUUUGCUCACAGUGUUGAGGAGCUUCGUCGGCCGCCGGCGAAUUGGCAGGAGAUUGUGGCGGCGCAUGAGGAAGAGAGGAACGUGCUUGAGCAGCCGAGGGAGGAGUUUCAGAUUCCGACGGUGGGGUCGAGUACUUUUGUUGGGGAGAGUAUGAAUAAUAGGUCGUAUAAGGGUAGGCAUUGUAAGAAGUUUUAUACUGAGGAAGGUUGUCCUUAUGGAGAUAGUUGCACUUUUCUUCAUGAUGAGCAAUCGAAGAAUCGCGAAAGUGUUGCUAUAAGUUUAGGUCCUGGUGGUUAUGGUGGUGGAGGUGGUGGUGGUGGAGGUAGUUCUGGUAGUGGCGGUGGUGGUGGUAGUGGGAGUGGUGUUGUUGUUGUUGCGGCUGGUGCAGCGGCAGCUGGGAGUGGGCCGAAUUUGAAGCCUUCGAAUUGGAAAACUAGGAUUUGUAAUAAGUGGGAGAUGACUGGGUAUUGCCCCUUUGGUAACAAAUGCCAUUUUGCUCAUGGUGCUACAGAGUUACACAGAUAUGGAGGUGGGCUUAUGGAAGGAGAAAUCAGAGAUGGUGUUUCUGUUGUUGCCUCCGACGCAAAACAGGGAGUAUUUUCAAAAAAUCACGCUGAUAAUGUGGUUGCAUCAACUCCACCUAUUGCUCAUUCAGAUGUUUAUCAUAUUGGAGUGCCUUCACAGAGACCUUCCAUUGUGAGUCAGCAGCCAGGACAGAGAGCUCAUCACAAGUGGAAAGGUCCAGAUAAAAUCAGUAGGAUAUACGGCGAUUGGAUCGACGACUUCGACUAG